GAGAGAGAGAGAGAGAGAGAGAGAGAGAGAGAUUUACUCAGUUCGCCUCCCGCUAAAAUGCGCCGGACAGAACAGAACUAAAUCUCGAUACACCGACAGAAGCUCUCACAAAUCAACGGCUUUCAAUGGCUCACUGGAUCUCCUCCAAGCUCAAAGCUGCCGAAACCCUACUCCACCAUAUUGAUCAGCAAGCUGCAGAAUCACUAGGAAAGAAUGAAAAGCCGUUAUCCGAUGAUCAAUUAAGUGCUGAAAAUUCAUCAAGAACCCCUGAAACUAAGCUGUUGAUGAAAGACCAGCUGAAAAAGAAAGCUUCAGAGAAUGUGGUUAACCAAAGUAUUACUCAGAGUGAUAAACAUAGUAUAAAUGUACUGAGCAGAAAUAGUAGUGAUGUUAAUGGGGAUGAUGAAGCUGAGGGAUCAUUGAACUUGAACUCAAAGUCCGAUUUGUCAAAAUCAAAGACAAAUUUGAGUAGUGGGCUUACGGAUAGUGAUUGGACAGAAUUACUGAGUGUGCCAGAUAAAAAAGGAGUAUCUGGGGAAGGGGGUAUAAACCGAAGUAGCAAUCGAGUUUCAGGGAUUCGAGCUUUAAAGAAAGUGGGAAAUUCUGGUGCACGGCUGAAUCUUUCCACGGUUGAUCGGAGUGAAAAAGUUCGGAAAAAUGGUGUUUUGAAGAGUUUAAGAAAAUCAAACGGUGAGUUGGAGAAUAAUACCAGUCCCGAUAGCGAUGAGAAGGGAAGUAAUGUAGGGGAUUCUACACCAAGAACUUCAAGCGCACAGUCUCCAAGCAGUGGUGGUGAACUGGAUCAAAGGGACAGUAAUUCGACAAUUGCGAUUGAUGAUAUCAUAGAUGAUUCAGACAAUUCUUCUCGGGUGAGGUCGACUUCUCGUGAAAGGGAGUUGGAUAAUAAGGUGGGAUUGAGUGAUGGUAAGAAGCAAACGGGAGGAAUCAGUGGGGGUGAUAGAUCAACACUGGGUUCCAGGAGUUCUAGUUCUAUGAAGAAGGUUUCUUCUUUACCCGACGAUGGAGAGUCUAAUUCUGAGUCAGAUACAAGUUCGUCGUCAGAUUCGGAGAGGGAGAGAGAAAGGGAAGAAAGGAUAAAGAGGAGGCAACAGAUUCUGGCAGAAAGAGCAGCUGCAAAGGCAAUUGAGGCAAUUAAAGAGCGCGAGAAUUUGGUUGCUAGAAUGGAGGGGGAGAAACAGAGUUUGGAGAAAAUACUCGACGAGCGAGCCAAACAGCAAGUACAAGAGGCUUCAGAAUUACAGACAACAAUGAUGGAGACCAUGGAAGCAGUUGAACUAGAGAAGCAGAAACAUAAUAGUACUCGGAUGGAAGCCCUUGCUCGUUUAUCGAAACUUGAGAGGGAAAAUGCUGAUCUCACUAGGUCUCUUGCUAAUGUACAGAAGAAUCUUGAUGUUGAGGUUGAUCACAUAGCUGAACUUCGGCAACAAAUUCGUAUGAAAGAAGCAGCUCAUGAAGAAUUGAGAAGAAAAAUCUCCAGUACACACCAAAAUGGUGACAAAUUGCGAGCUUCAAAAGGUGUUGAAUUUGAACUGGAGAUGCUUGAGGCAGAAUAUUCUUUCACAACUGAUAAAUUGGAAAGAAUGCAAGAUCAGGCCAAGACUCUAGAAACAAGCAUUGAAACAACCCGAAGUGAAAUGGAAAAUCCAAGUGAAGUAGAAAUUGAGCUCAAACGAAGGCUUGGUCAGUUGACUGACCACCUCAUUCAGAAGCAAGCACAGGUGGAGACGCUCUCGUCAGAGAAGGCAAUGCUACUUCUUAGGAUGGAGGCUAUUUCAAGAUUACUGGAUGAGAACAAGUCGAUGAUUGAUUCAGCUGAUUUUUCCCGCACCUCGUCAAGGGAUGACCUGGAAUCGUCAGGUUUAUGGCAAAUCUCUAAUUCAAAUUUCAGGUCGUUAUUUAAAGGAAAAAUGCAAUCAGGGCAGCAACAUUUGGGCUCACUGGUUCGACAAUUGGACUCCCUUUUCUGUACUGGUGCUGUGUUUCUGAAAAGAAAUUCAACGGCUAGAAUUUGGGCUAUUGUCUAUCUGGUGUGCCUUCAUCUAUGGGUGCUAUACAUUCUAACGUCACAUUCUCCAGUCUCGGACGAUAGUCGAUCUGGUGCAGUUGUCUCCCUGCAGAAUAUUAAUAACACAGGAGGAGGUGUUUAACUCUUAUUUCCUUCGUAAUUUAUUUGUUUUCCUUAAUUAGUUUUAUCCAAUAUUCGGAAAUGGCCUUCGGUGGGGUGCAGUGUAUGUGAUUUUCCCCUACCCAGUAGAAAACUUAAUGUAUAGAACAUCUUGAAUCAUAUAGAAAAUGGGGAAAAUAGAGUAAAAAGAUACAAAGCAAAACAUUGCAGUAACUGUAUUUUUGUAACGGAAAAUUGCGUAUAUUAUAAGGUAAGAAGUCCUUUUCACUUUCUCGAAAA